CUGCAGUUCACUCAGCCCACCGUGCUUUACAGAGGAGGACCGGUUCAGCCUAGAAGCUCUCCGGAUGAUCCAUAAGCAAAUGGAUGAUGACAAAGACGGUGGUAUUGAAGUAGAUGAAAGUGAUGAGUUUCUAAGGGAAGAUAUGCAAUACAAGGACGCCUCUAAUAAACAUAGUCACCUGCACAGAGAAGACAAACAUAUCACCAUUGAGGAUCUGUGGAAACGCUGGAAAACAUCUGAAGUUCAUAACUGGACUCAGGAGGACACUCUUCAGUGGCUGUCAGAAUUUGUUGAACUGCCCCAAUAUGAAAAGAAUUUUAGAGACAGCAAUGUCAAUGGAACAACACUUCCCAGGAUAGCAGUAAAUGAACAUGCUUUCAUGAUCUCUCACUUGAAAAUAAUUGAUCGGAGCCAUAGACAGAAGCUUCAGCUUAAAGCGUUGGAUGUUGUUUUAUUUGGACCUCUCACACGUCCCCCUCACAACUGGAUGAAGGAUUUUAUAUUAACAGUUUCUAUAGUUAUUGGUUUUGGAGGCUGCUGGUUUGCAUAUACACAGAACCGAACCUCAAGAGAACAUAUCACAAAAAUGAUGAAAGACUUAGAAAGCCUCCAAACAGCAGAGCAAAGUCUUCUUGACCUUCAGGAAAGACUUGAGAAGGCACAAGAAGAGAAUAGAAAUGUUGCUGUGGAAAAGCAAAAUCUGGAGCGCAAAAUGAUGGAUGAGAUCAAUGAUGCAAAACGGGAAGCACAUCGCCUAAGGGAAUUGAGGGAGGGAGCUGAAUGUGAGCUCAGCAGGCUCAAAUAUGCAGAGGAGGAGCUAGUACAGGUUCGCAUGGCUUUAAAAAAGGCUGAGAAGGAGUUUGAGCUGAGAAGUAAUUGGUCUGUUCCUGAAGCUUUGCAGAAGUGGCUUCAGUUAACACAUGAAGUUGAAGUACAAUAUUACAAUAUCAAAAGACAGCAUGCAGAAAUGCAAUUAGCAAUUGCCAAAGAUGAGGCAGAAAAGAUAAAAAAGAAGAGAAGCACUGUAUUUGGAACACUACAUGUUGCACACAGCUCCUCCCUGGAUGAAGUGGACCAUAAAAUCCUUGAAGCAAAGAAAGCACUUUCUGAGUUGACGACAUGUUUGCGAGAGCGUCUUUAUCGAUGGCAACAGAUUGAGAAGAUUUGUGGUUUUCAAAUAGCACACAAUUCUGGGCUACCAAGCUUGACCUCCUCUCUCUACUCUGAUCACAGCUGGGUAGUUAUGCCUCGAGUUUCCAUUCCUCCUUACCCAAUUGCAGGGGGAGUUGAUGACUUAGAUGAAGAUACUCCUCCAAUAGUUUCACAGUUUCAUGGGUCCAUUGUAAAACCUCCCAGCACACUGGCAAGAAGCAGUAGCUUGUGUCGAUCAAGACGCAAUGUUGUGCCAUCAUCUCCACAGUCUCAGCAUGCUUUGCACUCCCCUGACCCUGACAUCCUUUCUGUGUCGAGCUGCCCAGCUCUUUAUCGAACUGAAGAGGAGGAGGAAGCCAUUUACUUCUCUGCUGAUAAACAAUGGGAAGUACAGGAAACAGGUUCGGAAUGUGACUCCUUAAAUUCAUCCACUGGAAGGAAGCAGUCUCCUCCAGCAAGUCUUGAGAUGUACCAGACGCCUUCUCCUCAGAAAGUAUCCCCAGAAGAAUUCUCACUGGAGGAAUCAUCUACAGGAGACUCCUCUUCUCUAACUGCAGAUAUUUCUAGGGGCUCUCCUGACUGUGUAGGCAUGGCAGAAACUAAGAGCAUGAUCUUUAGUCCUGCAAGCAAAGUUUAUAAUGGAAUCCUGGAGAAGUCCUGCAGCAUGAACCAGCUUUCAACUGGGAUGCCAGUCCCAAAGCCUCGGCACACCUCGUGUUCUUCAGCCAGCAGUGACAGUAAACCCUGCCAUGAAGCUGCUUCUGUCCCUAGGAUAAGUAGCAUCCCACAGGACCUGUACCAAAAUGGUGAAAAAAACAAAAAGCCAUCAAAAAUAAAAAGCCUCUUUAAGAAGAAGUGUAAGUGAGGUGGACAGAAGAAAUCUAUAGUAAUGUUAUAAGAACUCUAUUUUUUAAAUAUUUAGGAAUGUAAUUCCAUUUGAGCAUUCCAGACUGGAUGCCCUAAUGGAAUGCUCGGUAGGUCAACUAUAUUUAACUGACUGUACUAUCAAAAGUCAUGCCAGCUGUCAAUGAGAAAGCAUUAAAAAGUUCAGACAGUUUACAUUCAUUUCUGCCUAUUUAUUUCUUCUCUUUUUUUUU